CGUAAUAAGUGUUAUACGAUAUUGUUGAUUAGUUGUUGGUCCAUGUCAUGACACCCACCACCCGAUUCGUCGGGUGAGAUGCCUGCGGAGGAGGCUAAUAUCCACUGAGCUAUAAUGAUAAUAUCUAAUCUGUGGCCAAGGUGAGCCGCGGUUGCCAAGGAAACGUAAACAAACGAAGUCCAGCGGGUACGCAAACUGGGCAUGCGUCGUUUAAAUUUUAGCAAAUUAGAAAAUUUUUGCAAAGUUUUGGGAGAAAAGUGCUUAGAAAUUUCGCUAUAAAACACACAAUUUUGGACGAAAAUGUCUUACAGAGAUUUGAGAAGUAAGUUUAUGCCUUGUUUUAACUUAUUAUUGUUUUAAUUUUGUCUUUUGAAGCUUGUUUAGGUGUAUAUAUCGUGCCACAAUUGGCAAGCACUGAUAAUUAUUGUACAGUCCGAAAUAUACUGUAUUUUGUCUCGUAUUUUGUACAAUAUAUAAACAAUAUAUCUCGUAUUAUUUUUCAGUCAUGUAUUUGUGUUAUGUAUACUAUAAUAUAUAAUAGUAUACAUAAGAUUAUAAAUAGCUUUCUUGUAGGUUUGCCUUGGAAUAACUGAUAAUUAUUUAAGGGGGCAUGUCAAAUUGAUAUAAACUCGAACGGUUUUUGCCAGUGUGGGUGGUGACAUUAGAGAGUUUAAGUUCGACUUCCGAUAAUAACACCAGAGAGCUAUGUAUUGAGAGGGAUUCAAGUAUUCAACAAGUGAACCUAAAAAAUACAAGCAAAACUUCAAUGUUUCAAGCAAAAGCCCUUUGUCGAGAAGUUAGUAGCAUGGAAGAUCAUAUGAAGGGCCUAUGCUUGAAAUUAACAUCGAAGUUCUGUUUAUAUUUUUUGUGAAAUGUAUGUACCUGAUAUAUUCAAGGGCAGGUAAAAAAUCCUGUUAAUUAAUUAAAUUAUUUGAGUUUUAGUCACAGAAAAUUUAUUUCACAUCUAUGACUAGAACUUACAAAGAUAGCGGACAACCUGCCAUUAAGGGUGAUGAAACCUAAUUGUCAACAGUCCCUAAAUAGAAUUAAUUUUGUCGAAAACACUAUGUCUAUUUAUUUUGUUCAAAUGUUUAGAUUUCACUGAAAUGAUGCGUGCGUUGGGUUACUCCAGGCUCAUUUCAAUGGAAAACUUCAGAUCUCCAAAUUUCUCCUUGGUUGCCGAAGUUUUAAUUUGGCUCGUGAAAAGGUAUGCUUGUGAAGCUUGCAGCUUGCAUCACAUCUUGCUUGCAUACAAACUCUCAGGGGUUCAUACACCAGAUUAUGUUCUUUACUGUGACCCUCAGAAUAACAAGAUUAAUGCAAGUGCAUGGUCAAUUACUGUGUAACUAGUACAUAUAUUUAAAUACCACCCUGAUUAAGCAGUAAGUACCCUUGACUAAGCCAGCUUUCAUGUGACUACAAAAAUGUCAACGGACGAUGACUCUUUGAAAGACGAACUGUCUCACAAAAUGUCUUUACUCAAUUAGAUAUGAUCCAAAUGCUGACUUACCAAGUGAUAUUGAUACAGAACAAGAUAGAGUUAUUUUUAUCAAAUCUGUUGCCCAGUUUAUGGUAACAAAAAAUUUUAUAUUAUUUUUAUUAAUAUAUAUUAUUGUAGGGUGAGGCCUGCAUUGCCUCACCCCCAUCAAAUUAACCUUAAAAAAUAUAUAAUAAUAGCCCCAAUGUUAUAAUAAUAACUGCCUGUGGAUAUGUGACCAUAUUUUCUGGCACAGCAGUUGCCAUAAUUGGUUUCAAAUCUGAUCUGAUUUUUGCUCCCAAUUUGAACCAGGCCACCAAAGCGCAUAUUAAACUCAACACAAAACGUUUAUACGGAGCUGAUGGAUAUGCGGUCAAAGAACUUUUGAAAGUCACAUCAGUUUUGUAUGAUGCCAUGAAAACAAAUGUCACAGAGGUAGGAAUUAAUGUCGGUGACAAAUACCUUGCAAAAACGUUGUUUAUAAACCCCCCCCUAGGCCCACCAUCUCCCUUGGCCCACCAUUCCCUUGGCCCACCACUCUCUUGGCCCAUCCCCCUUGGCCCAUCCCCCUUGGCCCCAUCCCCCUUGGCUCCAUCCCCCUUGGCCCCAUCCCUCUUGGCCCCAUCCCCCUUGGCCCCAUCCCAUGCACCUCUGUGUUCCCUCUGUCUGCUCUUUAGAUUAAAUUAAUGGAGUUAUUUUGAAUUUUGUUUCCUUUAUUAGGACUCGUCAGAAUCAAAUUUAAACCCUGUUUCAUUUGAUCUCUCAUCAAGGGUAUGUAGUUUUUAUUUACAAGCCAACUGUAUUUAAUUUAGUCCAAACUUUUGCUAUUCAAGUAAGUUGCAAGAACUGAGUGCACAAUUGUUACAGGAAAAUAUCUGAUAAACAAAAAAACUAUGAAAUUUUUCAGCAACAUACAUGCACUAGCUUAUUAAAAACCAGGAAUUUUCUUUUUUCAGAUCAGUGAUCUAAAGCAAUGCAGAACACUUGCAUCAGAAAUAACAUCAAAAGGAGCAAGUCUGUAUGACCUUCUGGGACGUGAAGUUGAUCUCAGGGUAAGAAUACUUUAGACUAAACUAAAAAAAAACCUGAAGUAAACUAGCUCGGUUUGUAAUGGAAACUAUCAGUGUUUUUUUUAAACCCAUUGAUGUACAAGGCUCUAACUCUCUUUGAGGAGUAAAGUAGUAGACCUUCAGGGACCUUAAUUUCUUGGGGAAGCAAGGUUUAAAAGCACAUAAUAUGCACUGAGCCACAGCGAUUUACACCUAUGCGAUUUACACCCAUUUUUUUCAGGAAAUGAGGUCUAUUGCUAUCUCCAAACCAUUGGAGUUGAAUGAAUUGGAAAGUGGAAUCAGCUCCAGCAUCGUUAAUGUGAAGGUAUGAAUGGACGUUGUAGCUUUUUGCAAAAUACUUUUUCCAUACCAUAGUCCGGAAUGCGGCAAAAACCACCUCGUAUGAAAUGGCACCUUCUUUGGUCUAGGAUGACAUAAAGAAAACGAACCACAUGCUUGAUAACAUCGCGUCGGACGAGGCGAAUCUCGAGGCGAAAAUUGAAAAGAAAAAAGCAGAGUUGGAAAGAAAUCAUAAGAGGUUGAAAAGCUUGGAAAGUGUUAGGUAAGCGACUGACUUACUACUAGUAGGGAAUACCAGGAAAAAGCACUUGCCCAAGGGACACUGUAUUGAAUUGUGAAGGAUGCGCUCGAAUUGAGCCAUCCUAUGACUUCUGUCUGAUCCGGCUAUAUUUUCCGCAUUUUACAACAUUUCGUAACCAAACUUUGCAAUUUUACUCAUUUUAGUAUGCUCUUUCUUUUGCCAAGAUAAAAACUAGUCUAUGAUGGGAAUUGUCUAUCGUAUGUGUUGACACUCUUUCCUUAAUUUUCCUUGUCUUUUUAGACCUGCUUUUAUGGAUGAGUAUGAAAAAUUAGAGGUCGAACUGAAGACAAUUUAUGAGGUAAAAUUAAUUUGGAUAAAAAGUUAAGGAGAUGGAACAAGAACUCAUAGUUUUAACCAAACAUAUGUACAUGAGAUGUUUUUCGUUAUUUAGGGAUACAUGGAGAAAUAUCGCAACCUUACUUAUCUUGAACAUCUGUUGGAAGAAGUUAACCGAACCGAACAGAAUAAAUUUGAGGUCAGUGUUUAUCACAAUUAGUGAGCUUAAAGUGGAAGUCAAGUCCGUUCUGCGCAUCGGUUCUGCUCAUAACAAUGUGAGGACCCUCUGAUGUAAACAUUGCCCAAAUUUCGAAUGUUUCGAAUUUUUCUGAACAUAAACUCUAUUUCAUAUUCAUUUAGAAGCAUAGCGAACCAAAAUGGUGUUAGAUAUUCAGACAGUACAUCAUAUUUUAAAAACUACAGCAGUUCAUAAUGUAAAACAAACCGUUUGUUUACAAAACGGACUUGACUUCCACUUUAAGCAAGUGACUUUUUUGACAACACGGACGUCGACCGGAAGUAAAAUUGACGUUUUUUACCAAUCACAGCCCUUGACCCAGUCUUCUGACGUUACUCAUGCCGUUCGUGGUGUCAAAAACGUCACUUGCUUAAGCUCACUAUGGGUAGGUCCAAGGCCGGAUUUUGGUGGAAAUAGUGGGGAGGUGGGAACAAAUUUAGGGGAGGUGCAGUAGUGAAACAGUGCAGAUUUUGCCCUUCAUUACAAUUACUACAAAGUUUCUUUCAAAACAUUGCAUUAAAAGGGUACUUGACACAGAGAUGAAUGGCUAUCACUGUUUCAAUUUUACAGAAAAACGUUCUGUGAAAAGUUGAAAAUUUUCAGGACGGAAAAUUUCUGUCGGCCAAUCGCAUUUUCCAAAUUUUUUUUGCGGUACAUAAUUGGCCUUAAUUCCCAAACUGUUGUAGGAAAAUGAGGCAAACCUACGUCAACUCCAAGAGCGUAUUCGAAGCGAGGAGAAGAAAUCCCUGCAGUCAGAUAACUUUAACAGUCUGGAUGAUUUCGGAGGUGGCGAUGAUGAUGACGAUGAUGAAGUUCUCAUUGAUACGGGUGGAAGACGACCUCCUGGAGCUAAAGCAGGUAUGGCUUGUAAAAUACUUAAUUCAUUGGCUGAGCUAAUGGACCUAUUCCCUAAUGAACAAAAUUUUGAUUUAGACAAGCGUAGACAAAGAUUUUAUCACAGCUUGAAAGAGCAUCGCAAAAUGUCCAAAAUUAGUAAUAUUCCGAAGUUUCGUUGCGAAAUGUUGUAAAAUGCGGAUAAUAUAGCCUUGCGAAGUUUGCCGUUUUUCAGUCAUUUUGUAUUACGCACGGGAAAUUGAUACCUUUUUUCAGAAAGCGGUAUCAAUUUCCCGUGCGUAAUACAAAAUGACUGAAAAACGGCAAACUUCGCAGUGCUAUAUUAUCCGCAUUUUACAACAUUUUGCAACGAAACUUCGGAAUAUUACUAAUUUUGUCAUGUUCUUUCAAAUGUUUGUCUAGACUUGUCUAGAUCAAAAUGUUGUUCAUUAGGGAAUAGGUCCAUUGAGGUCUUCAGGCGCUGGUUACACAAACAUUGGUGUUUCUUAUGAGAAUAUAUAAUCUUCUUAUCUGAGACGUAAUUUGUUUUAUGUUUUUAGAUGCACCUCGCGUGGUUGGCUCCAUGGGUGGUGGGGAUAUUUCUGACGAGGUAGUAUACCAAUUGUUGAUUUCGGUUCACUUUUCAAAGCAUAGUUCCAAAAUUUGUUGUGAAUAUUCUCAAUUACGUUUCUAAAUUUGGAAUAAUGGGGGUGGAACUUGCAUAGCCAACUUCGCCAAGUACUGAACAUAAACUCGUAAUUUUGCAGUGUUUUACCAAAUUGAAUAAAUGUAUAAAAAAAUCAAAUUCGAAAUUGCCAUCUACAAAUCCCCAACAUGUGGGCGCAAGAAUACUGCUGUUGCGGAUACCCUGUCAUUGUGACUCUUUAUAUUCUCACUGUGUAUUUUUAUUACUAUUUCUGUAGCGUAUAAAUAUGUCGUCGAAGCUAUAGUAAAUCAAUAAAAUAAAUAAAUAAAAAUUUCUGAUAUUAACAAAUGAAACGUGUAUUUUUUAAAAGCUCUUAUAAAUAAUUCGUCAAAUAUGUUGACCAUGUUAGUAAAACGUUGCAAAUUAUGAGUUUAUGUUCAAUACUUUGCCUAAUGUACUUUAGUUCAGUGAUUUGGGACAAGAAAUAUGGCAGUACACAUGUAAAAAUGAGAUAUUUCAUUUUUGGUCGUCUAAAAAGUUGAUAUUUGAUCAUAGAUACUUCUACUCUUUCACAUAUUUGACGCCUGUUUCCAUGUAUUCUAUCCCUCCAAACGAUCCCAAAACUCACUGUGAAUUUCACUGGGAAAAGGCUAAUUGUAUUUUUUUCCAUCUUAUCAUUUCAUUCAACUUUUCUACCCAGGGUGAUAGUUCGUUAUCAUCAGGUGAUAGCGAUAUUGGCGUCGAUGACGACGAGGAUAUUAUCGAUGAUGAUGAUAUUGAUGACAUCAAUAAUGUUGAGAGCGGAUCACAAGAUGGCGAGAGUUUGAAUGACAGUGAUGAUAACUUUUAAAUAUUGUAAAUCAUAAUUGUAUUUAGUAGUUCUAAGUCCUUGUUGUAUUUAGCACUGUAGGAUUGAGAACUUGUCAAAAUUAAGUCGAAAUUCUUGAUGAAAAGUUUGUGAAUGUCCCAGCGCAAUAGGGCGCGUUGAUACGUUGAACGAGAGGCCUCUGAUUUGAUUCCGGAGUACGACAUUCAGAAAUUACUUUUCAACAAGUUACAAGUAUUUCAACUUUAUUUGAAUACGAGCUGUAAUAUAGUUAUUUAUUGUACAAGUAUUUCGUUCGAGCGAUUAUAGGGGAGGGGCUUAUAGCGCAGGAUUUAGUCGCUGAAAAUUAAAGUCUUGAAAUGCGCAUCAGAGACAGAGUUAUAUAUUAACUAUAAGUAAUUUAUUGAAACGGUGUUGUGUAUAAAAUACUACUAUAACAUUGUCAUUGAAAUUAAAUUUGAAUUUUUGUCUGUGCUUUGAGUCCGUUAUUUAACUAUUAAUGCGCAAACCCCUCCCAUUGACGAGUAAAAUCGUCCGGUGUUAGAU